AUGCAUGUAUGCCGAAAAUACAACAGAGACGCAGAUGCCUUAGAAUUCAUAUCCUCUAUGCUAAAGGAUAGAAAUACCACCGCUGUGCAAGUUGGAAGGAUAUAUGAACCUUCGAUAGAAGGACCCAUCUCAGGUGCUGAGGAGACUUUGGAUGUUCAAACUCGGUCCAUGAGAGAAGCAGACAAAGGAGAAACCAACGAAGAAAUAAAAAAAUCAGAUGACGAAGCCGAAGAGUCUGACAAAGACCAAUCCAUGUCAUACGAAAGUAACGAAAACGAAGCAGAAGAUGACUGGAGAGUUCCAAUCCACAUGUACCUUGACAAAGGUACCUUACCAGCUGAUGUUAAGGAAGCUCGGAAACUCGAAUCAAAAGAAGCAAUGUACAACCUUCGUGACGGCAUACUGUAUAGGAGGUCAUUCCUCGGAACUCUGAUGUGA